GCCUAUGGUUGUGCUCACAUUCUACGGGUAUUGGACGAGGUUAGGUUAAGUGAAGUUUGAAUUCUGAACGGUUGGAGUUGGCGUAAAUCACACAGACAUAUUGUGUAAAUCAACAGAUUAGUCGGAAUGGUUUAAUCAGUGAGAAAAACUAUGUCGGUACAAAAAGUGUCAACGAACCUGACCUGCGAUGUUCCAUGUUACACAUCGAAAUCCAGCGGAAAAAAAUAUCCAAUAUUUAGGAUCCGUGACCUUGUGCCAGGUCACACUGGACAGGAAACAACGGAUGCUACGAUGGCUCAAAUGGCCAGACCUCGAUCGGAGAGAAAAUGCCAACCAGUGAGAAUAUCUAUGGCGUAUUUCAACGAGCCAUUGGACCGCAGAAACACUGGAUCAAGUCGAAAAACUCCUGGUCGACCAUUGCCGCAACCGAUUCGUAAUAUUCAUAAGCUAUUUGAAUCACCUAAGAACAAUGCUAGAAGAAGGCUCGAUAGUUUAUACGAUUCAUCAAAACCAAAGGAAAAUAUUAAUCUUUCGAAAAGAAAAAGUCGACUUCUGAAUGCUAACAAAAUAGUGCCAAGAUUACCUGAUAGCAUCGCAGCCUGUGAAGCAGAGCCCACCAAAAAAUCGAGCACAGUUAAACCUAAGGAAAAUUCGAGACACAGCAGACUAUUACCUCCGGGAUCCAUAUCGAGUUCUUUUAUUAAUAAACGAAAUUCAACGGCAGCAAGACCUUCAAUUUAUAAACCUAUAAACCAUGUCCUCGUUGAUGAGAAAAAUGUGAUAAUUGGAAGACCGUCGGAUGUUCCUGAGGAGCCAUCGCUAAUUUCUGAGACGCAUGAUGAAAACUUGUCCGUCAGAGCAAGUAAUACAUCAUUAACAAGGCGUUCUACUAAUCAAAUUGAAAAUACCAAAAAGAAUUCCAUCCAUUCCGUGUCGAUGCCUAAUUCUCCGAAGCAAAAUCAAAAAUGUCACUGUUCGCAGCUCACAGUCGAUUCUAAUACAGAUAUAAAAAUUUCUACAUUAGCAGAUAAAAAUGUUGAAGAUUCAGAAAAUAUCCAAGGCAUCGCUCGGCAGGAUUCAGAUGUUGAAAUAGCUACACGUCAACGGCCUACAGUAAUUGUCAUGCAAAAGGAAGUAGCUUCUGAAGCCCAAAUAAAUGUUCAAGUUGGCGAAGAACUAGAAGACAGUGUAUUUGUACAGGAUGGAUCAUAUUCAGAAGUUUUGAGCCUACAACCACCUGCAAUUUCUCUUAAAUCUGAGGAAUCGAUGACUUUUGAACGCAUGGAAAACGCUACUAAAGAAAAUCGUGAUGCUGAAAUGACUGAGUUUACAGCUCAUUUGAUAAGUAUGAAGAAUGAGGUACUCGUUUUCAAACAAAAACAAUUAAUGGAUGAAAUAUCCCACCAUGAGAAAUAUUUAGCAAACCUUAAAUCAGAGUUGGAAAAUGUGAAUGCAAACAUAGAUAAGCAAAAAGUCCUAACAUCCAAUUUGAAGUUGAAGGGGUGGAGGAGUUUGAAUAAUGAAGAUAUGGCUUUUUUGGUUUAUCAAUACAAUGAAAACACUAACAAGCGUUUUGAUAGUGGUUUGAAUUCCCAGGAAUUGUCUGCGUUCGAAAAUAAUGAAAAUCGUUUAAAAAAGACCGAGGAAUUUCAUCAGAAAACUGCUGAGACUGUUGAGCUUAAAAAAUCUUCAAGUAACAAAAAAGUUCAGUCAGAUGAGGAUAAAAUUAAUGAUUUAUCAAAACAGGUAUCUACCAACUUGGCUUUGAACGUCGAUAAUUCAGAAAAUAUUGAAAACGAACCACCUGCCAGAAGACGAUCCGCUAGGCUAGCGAUGAAAAAUGCUAAACAGUCUUCACCCAUCGACCAUAGUACACCUGUGACGAAAAUUGAAAAUUUUGCAGUCUCCCAAUCUAACAACAAGGCCAAACCACCGUGUACACCUAAAAUGCCUACUACUCCUGGGCAAAGCAUUGCUUGGAGAAAAAAGAACGCCCGAUCAUUGCGGGAAUACAUGGUUUUAAAGUCAGCUAAUAAAUUUCUGAAUACGCCAGACGUCCAGCGUUAUCGAAUGGGAUCGGACGAAAAGGUCAAGAUUCAAGAUACAAAUAGUAUGGCGAACGAUGGAUUACUUUUAAGAGAUAAAUUGUUAGCGGAACUUCACGACUUGCAUGCUACACCUCAAAAACUUGAUUUCUAAGUGUGUGUAUCAAUGCAUAGACUUUAUUUGUAUAAUCGAUAACUGUACAAUCUAAUGUUAUUUUUUGUAAUUUAUCAUUUCAGUGUAUUUAUUGU